CGCCGCGGAAGGGUUGGCAGGCCUGGGCGGGGCGCGGGCGAGGGCCAGCCUGGAUGACGAUGUAAACAAACUCGGUUGGUGGAGACUCGAGGCUUCCCCCCUGCAUGAUUCAGCACCUUCUCUAAGCUCCCCUGGACGCCAUAUUUCUCGCGUAGUUCCUUAACCGCACGCACGCACCCGAGACUAGCAUGGAGAGCAGACCAACCAAGACUUUGCCCCCGCUCUCACCAUCACCAUGUGACAUCAGUGACGAUGAACUGGUCAGCAUUAGUGUAAGGGAUCUCAAUCGGCAAUUAAAGCUGCGAGGUCUCAGCAGAGAAGACAUUAUUAAGAUGAAACAGCGCAGAAGAACACUAAAGAACCGAGGUUAUGCUGCAAGUUGCCGCAUCAAGAGAAUAGAGCAGAAGGAUGAGUUAGAGUCAGAGCGCACCACAGAGCAAGUUGAUAUUGAUAAACUCGUUUCUGAAAAUGUCAGCAUGAGAUCCGAAAUUGACCGAUUGUUCCAGAAUUAUGAAGCCUUGAAGAAAUUUGCCAACCUUAAGAACAUACCUCUACCUCCCGAUCUAGAGAACCUUUGAUUGUUGCAAAAACAAGUGUGUUAAUAGUCAUAUAUAUAUAUAUUUUUCAUGCAUUCCAAUUGUAAUGCAAAAAGAGUUCUUAAAUGCCUUAAUCAGUGGUUCAAAAUAAGAGAUUUAUAGAUGGUUAUCAGGGCUGAUUCCUUGUUAACACAAUUGUUUCAGGACUAACUUAGCUAUUAAGUAAAUGGGGAUCUAGUUUUUAUGAUAGCUUCUCUUUAAUUCUCUAGAGAUAAGUCUUAUCAGAUAAAACUCUAAAGUCUAAAAUGCAACAUGUCAGUAUUGUUGCUUUAGGAAGAUUUGUGUUUUAGUAUGAGUGUGUGAACUCGUACCUAAGAAUCAUUGAGACCAUACUUUAGUCUGUUUUAUAACCUUACUGGAAUAAUGUUAGUUCAAAACUUGUAGAUAGUAAAUUAAAGAGUGUUAAGUGUCCAGA